ACUAUCUCAACACUUUAUUUUCAUAAAAUUAGCUUUUAAAGGCAAUACUGUCAUGUCUCUGAAAAUAUUGAGGAAGAGCAGUAUUUUUUGUUCCUUUGAGUUAAGAAAAUGAUUCGAUUUUGGACUUGGAAAUCGCUUUUUGUAUCCCAAAAGGCCGUCAUCUUACCGAAGAGAUUUAUCAUACAAAAUGGAGGGAAUGGAUGGGAAGAAUGAUAAGAAUAUUACCCGUGUUCUCUUUUGUGGGCCAUACUUUCCUCCUUCUCAUAAUUAUACCAAAGAAUACUUGAAAAAUUAUCCAUUCAUUCAGGUUGAUGAUGUCCCCCUUGAUGAUGUUCCUAAUGUCAUACAAAACUACCAUCUAUGUGUGGUAAAAAGCAUGUGGCUUGAUUCAAAUGUUAUAUCUCGUGCAAAGAAGAUGAAGCUAAUAAUGCAGUUUGGUGUUGGCCUUGAAGGUGUUGAUAUUGAUGCUGCUACAGAAUGUGGAAUCAAAGUUGCUAGAAUCCCCAGUGACAUGACUGGAAAUGCAGCAUCAUGUGCAGAGAUGGCUAUAUAUCUAAUACUGGGCCUUCUCCGGAAGCAGACUGAAAUGCAAAUUGCUAUAAAGCAAAGAAGACUUGGAGAACCUAUCGGUCAAACACUACUUGGUAAAACUGUAUUUAUUAUGGGAUUUGGAAAUAUUGGGAUUGAUUUGGCAAAGCGCUUGCGACCGUUUGGUGUGAAAAUUAUUGCCACAAAAAGGAGUUGGGCCUCACAUUCUCAAGUUUCUUGUCAUCCCACUGUGAAAAAUGGAGUCACUGAUGAUCUGGUUGAUGAGAAGGGAUGUCAUGAAGAUAUUUAUGAGUUUGCCGGCAAUGCUGACAUUGUUGUUUGUUGCCUGAAUUUGAAUAAAGAGACAGCUGGCAUCAUAAACAAGCCAUUCUUAUCUUCAAUGAAAAAGGAUUCUUUUUUGGUGAAUAUUGCUCGUGGAGGACUUUUAGACUAUGAGGCCGUUGUUCAUUACCUUACCAAUGGCUACUUGGGAGGGUUGGGCAUGGAUGUUGCUUGGACUGAGCCAUUUAAUCCUGAGGAUCCAAUUUUGAAGUUUAACAAUGUUCUAAUCACGCCACAUGUUGCAGGAGUUACAGAACAUUCUUACAGAUCCAUGGCUAAGGUUGUUGGGGACGUUGCUCUUCAACUUCAUGCUGGAACUUCUUUGACAGGGAUAGAGAUUGUCAACUGAUUCGAUUCAGCAUUCGGUCCUCAGCCUAAAUGAUAAUACAGAAGGGUAUUCUUGGCAAUUGAACAUUAAAGGUAAAUUGAUUCUAUCUCCAUUUUUUGUCAAUGCAAACACUAUCAUUUCAAAUCGUGUAAUUGUUGCUGUUGAAUUGAAUAUUUUACUUGGAUUAUUAUUCUGAAUACUUGCGUAUUGAACUUCAUAAUUUAGCUUAAAUAAAAUGUCUGAAGCUAGACUAUUGGAGGAA